AUGAUAGAAAUUGUGGAAGACAGAAAGAUGAUGGGUAUACGUGAAGUAGUGCGUGUGAAUUCGUUACAAAGUUGCAUCAAGCAUUGUGGCACGUGUUCCGGAUUAGUACAUUAUCCUGAUAACGUCUGUGUGAUUUUCAACCAUUAUAAGCGAAUAGUUUUAUCGUCUUUUGGGGCCACGUGCUGUUCAGCUGUAAAUGGAAAAAUGCAAAUGAAAUGUGUUCAUUGCGAUGGAGCCAAUUCUGACCAAACUGCAGUGGAAGGACUGACAAAUAUUCUUAACGUUUGGACGCGUAAUCCAGUGACAAAUUCAACAUAUAAAAUCAUUCCUUACGAUUGUCAGCAGACUCCAAUUACAUAUGAGGAGCAAUGCGAGCAGGAGAGUGGUCAUUUGGCAUCAAUCCACUCGGCAGAAGAUGAUGCUUUUAUCAGUGGUCUUGCUAUUCGAAGUUGUGUUUGCAAGCAUAUUGGAUUAUAUUCUACGUCAUCUGACAAUAAAGUGUUUUACUGGCGAGAUGGCACUCCGGUAGAUUACAUAAAUUGGAAAAAAGAUGAACCGUACGGUAAAGGGCCUCUUUGUGCAUAUAUUUGGAAAAAAAAUGGAUGGAUGAGCGGAAAAUGCAAUAAUACAAACGAGUGCUGCGCUGUUUGUCAAAAGACGUGACG